AUGAUAUCUUUAAGUAUUAACAAUUCAUUUAAGAAUAAUAAACAUUAUUCAUAUACUAGUAGAGCUUGGAUCUGUUGUCUGUUAGAUGCUAAAUAUGAUGAUGAAGGUGAUGAAGAAGGACUCCCUUAUGAUUUAUAUGAUCUUGAGAAUGCUGUGCUUACUAACUUCAAAGAUAGUAAAGAUAAAAAUGCUAAAGUUGAAUUCUCUAUCAUAGUAAAAAUUGAAAAAGAGUUAGUUAAUAAAGUAUUAUUAUCUGAAUUUGACUAUGACAAAGAAGUUGAAAAUUCUGUAAUAUUGUAA